AAACUGACACGCAUUUAUGAACGGUAUACUGAAUACGUAACCAAAAACCCUGCAGCUACUGCCCAACUGGAGAGCACGGUCCGGACACUCUCUUACCUUAUAGCAGGGCGAUUUGCAGAUUCCCACGAACUAUCUGAACUAGUGUAUUCAGCCUCCAACCUUCUAGUCUUGUUUAAUGACGGCAUACUGCGCAAGGGGUUAAGAUGCAAUCUCCCUGUGAUACUUACCCUGUCGGUUGUGUUUGUGCGUCUCAGUCCCUCUCCCAACAGAGACUGCUCACGUGGCUGUCAGUCCUAGAGUAUGUGGAGGUUUUCCUGGAGAUGGGAGCUGCAAAGUUAUGGGGAGAAGCAGGCCGCUGGUUUGUGAUCGGUGUCAUCCAGAUUGCAAAGACAAUAUUCCGUAUCCUGCUUCUUCUAUGGUACAAGUCUGGCAUUCAGACUUCACCUCCCAUCAUCCCACUGGACAGAGAUGCAGAGUUUGGCGAUACAGACGAGCAGCCGGAGGAGCAGCAGGACACGGGCUGCUUUGUGGGCCAGCGAUCAGGAAGGGUUGUACGGCCACUAGGGGGCGGCCCAUCUCUACACACUAGGCUGUGGGGUGCGCCCUCUCAGGACAAGAGGAGGAAUCUCAGGGAGGAGCUCAACAGCAGGCCAACCGACCUCGGCCUCCAGGAGACCAUCGCUGAGUCCAUGUACAUCAGCCGGCCUCUCAUACACUUACUCUGUCUUGGACUGUGUGGUAAACGGUCCUGGAAGCCCUGGCUCAUUUCUGGACUCCUAGAAGUUUCAAGCUUUAGUUUACUCAGUGAAACCAAGUUUCAGAAUCGAUGGGAAAGGGCCGAGACGAGGAAGAGAACGUUCCUGUUGCUGUACUACCUUCUUCGCUCACCCUUCUAUGAUAGAUACUCAGAGGCCAAGAUAAUUUUCCUGCUACGAUUUUUGGCUGAUCAUGUGCCCGGCGUAGGACUUGUAGCACGCCCGAUAAUGGAGUACCUACCCACCUGGCAGAAGAUCUACUUCUACAACUGGGGCUAAAUCCCAUUGUUGCACUCUACCACUUGAACUGGAGAGGAGGAAUACUGCAGCUUUAGACACAGUGGCCUUUUCUUUUCUAAUCAUUGAGGAUGAAUAUGUAAUUCAUGGGAAAUUAUCACCUUUUACAUUGCCCAAGGUGUAUGAUAGUCACUGAUCGCUUGUUAAUUGCGUCAAUUAGCAAGGGUCCAUCCCUUAUUUUAAAAGGGUGGUUUAGAUACAAACUGACAUUAUUUUCAGUUUUGUCCCUUGAGCUUGGCUAUGACCACACAGCAACUAGCCCUAUAAAAAAAUGACAUCAAGGGUUUGAUGAGGCAAAUGUUUAGUCCAAGUAGCAAAAUAUCAACAAUUGCAGCACAAACAGUCAAGCAGUACAAAAUUAGGUAUAAGGAUGUGUGUAAUGUGCCAUUAUCUAUCUGGUGAAAUUUAACGUGCACGGGAUCUGCAUUUUCCAAACCCAAACAAACUCCCAACUAGUCACUUCCUUCCAUAUUCAUCUUGAUCCCGUUCUGCUCAGAUAGUGUACAGCAGUGGUUAUAAAUGACAUGAGGAAUAAAGGGGUAAAGCAAUGUAGCCUUCAGUAUGAUUGUCUUCUACUGGUGAUCAUGAUUCAAACUUCUUUGUAGGGGCAUAUUAACUAAACAGACUUAAUGCUGAAUGUCUUCCUUCAACAUUUGAAUUUCCACACAGGUAUGGCACUGCAUGUGGGCAGUUUUAAGGAACAAAUUCAAUGAAAACACGAUAUUUUUGUAAAUUAUGUAAUCUUUAUUAAAGUAAAUUUUGUUUAAUA